UGAAUGCCAGAGGUAGAUCACGUGACCAGGGCUGGCCUGACGUGGUCGCCAUCUUGCAGCUUGAAGAAACUUAGGAAUUUGGCUUGAAUUUCUCUUGGGCCAAGGAACUGUGACCUUCCUUGGGGCGCUAUCGGGGUUGUGUACGUUCAAGUGCCUUGGCCGUAGUCGUACGGUGGGAGCUGGGAGUUUGUCAAGACUGGAUCUAGCGGCAGUCGGCUGUGUUACGCGCGGAGGGGAGUGUGGGUUGUGCCCGAGGAAUUUGAACCGUACAUCAGCAGGACUAUAACGGAAGCAUGCCCGUCAGGAAACAAGACGCGCACAGGGCGCUGGAACUGCUGGAGGAUUACCAUGCCAAGUUAACCAAGCCCGGAGACCGCCAGCUUCGCGCAGCGAUCGAACGAGUCAUCCGGAUCUUUAAAAGUCGUCUGUUCCAGGCUUUACUGGAUAUCCAGGAGUUUUACGAAGUCACGCUCCAGGAUGGCACCAAGACGACCGACCAGAAGACUCGCGAGACGAUGGAGAUCGCCAACAAGUGGGAGGAACACGCCCCCCUGACCUCCCGCAAGCCCACCGAGGAAAUUCUAAGAGCCUUAGCCUUACAAGACAAACAGAACCAAGAGCUGGCCCGGCAGAAGGCGGCGGCCCCCCCUCCCCGCCCCGUGCCGCCCCAGCACUACCAGCCGGUUCAGCCGGUUCAAACCGUACAAGUUGCAGAUGUGGCGGCCACGGCUCCGCCCAUUGCCGUGGCGCGCCAGCCCGUUGCCAUGGCGCCCCCGCCGGUGAAGAAGCCGCCCCCGCUGCAGUUCGACGUGGAGAAGCCGGUUGUCAUGGCGCCAGUAGCCGCUUCCGCACCGCCCGCCUCCGCACCGGUUCAGAAAUACCGGCCCGAGGACCAGGAGUUCCCCCCGCCGCCCCCUGAGCUGGACGGGUCGCCCAAACUGGUGCCGGUGGUCGGCAAGGAGACGCCGGGCGUCCAGAGUGUGCAGAGCUACCCGGCCUCCGUCAAACUUUCUCCGGCAAAGGUGAACGGUGCCGCAGAUGACUGGGAGUAUGAGGAGAUAGUGUUGGAGAGGGUAAGUGGAGGCACCCAGGGUCUGGGGUUCAGCAUUGCCGGAGGAAACGACAACCCUCACAUCGGGGACGACCCCUCCAUCUACAUCACUAAGCUCAUCCCGGGCGGGGCAGCCGCGGCCGACGGAAAGCUCAGGGUGAAUGACAUCAUUGUGCAGGUGAACGAGGCGGACGUGAGCGAUGUGACCCACUCGCUGGCCGUGGACGCGCUGAAGAAGGCUGGCUCCACGGUCAGGCUGCUCGUCAGGAGGAGGCGUGUGCCGUACAAAGGUGUGCAGGACAUCGAGCUCAUCAAGGGCACCAAAGGCCUGGGGUUCAGCAUUGCCGGGGGCGUGGGGAACCAGCACAUCCCGGGCGACAACGGGAUUUUCGUCACCAAGAUCAUCGAUGGCGGCGCCGCGCAGCAGGAUAGCAGGCUGCUGGUUGGUGACCGGCUGAUCGCGGUGAACGGUGUAACCAUGGAGAGCGUGACGCACGAGGAGGCCGUCUCCACGCUGAAGUCCACCGCAGACACCGUCAUGCUCACCAUCGCCAGGGGUCCCGGUUUCAUGAACGACUUUGCAGUGCAGGAGGAGUCUGUAAUGAGCAUGCCCAUGGCCAUGUCGGCCCCACCCGCGGCGCCCCCUGUCGGCAACGACGUGUACAGCACCGUGGACAAGGGCAAGGUCGACAUCCUCGACUCGUACGCGGGAAAACCGCCGGAACCCCUCAUGGUGUCCGAGGACGAGACAAUCACCAGGGAACCUCGUACCGUGACCUUGAAGAAAGGGAACACCGGGCUGGGGUUCAACAUCGUUGGAGGAGAAGAUGGGGAGGGCAUCUUCAUCUCCUUCAUCCUGGCCGGAGGGGUCGCUGACCUCAGCGGGGAGCUCAGGAGAGGAGACCAGAUCUUAUCGGUAAACGGAGAAGACUUGUCCACCGCCACACAUGAAGAAGCGGCAGCCGCGCUGAAGGGCGCCGGAGACGCAGUCACCAUCGUCGCCCAGUACAGGCCAGAAGAUUAUAACCGGUUUGAGGCGAAGAUCCACGACCUUCGGGAACAGAUGAUGAACAGCUCGGUCAGCCCGGGCAGCCUCAAGACCAGCCAGAAACGCUCGCUCUACGUUAGAGCUCUGUUUGACUACGAUAAGACGAAGGACAGCGGCCUGCCGAGCCAGGGACUCAGCUUCAAGUUCGGCGACAUUCUGCACGUCGUGAACGCCAGCGACGACGAGUGGUGGCAGGCGCGGCUCGUCACGGCAACCGGCGAGGAGGAGGGCCUCGGAGUUAUCCCCAGCAAGAGGAGAGUGGAGAGGAAAGAAAGAGCACGGUUGAAACAAGUCAAGUUCACCAGAGGAACACUCGAGCCUGGGAGCAGGUCAUCAUUGAGCGACAAAAGGAAGAAAAACCUGGUUUUGUCGCGGAAAUUCCCCUUCUACAAGAACAAAGAUUCCGACAUGGACACAAGUGAUAUGGAGCUGGCCACCAGACAUGAUGGCAAAUCUGUGUCCAACAGUGACUGCUGGGAAGAAGUGUCCACUAACGCCAGUGAUAGCGAGAGUAGCUACCGUGAAAUUACUGGCGAAUCGGAGGGGGGCGUCGAUGAACCAGUUCUGUCUUACGAAGCUGUCGUACAACAAGAGUUGAAAUACACAAGACCAGUGAUCAUACUAGGCCCAUUGAAGGACCGCGUAAAUGAUGACCUCAUCUCAGAGUUUCCUGACAAGUUCGGUAGCUGUGUACCACACACGACGCGGUCAAAGCGGGAAUACGAGGUGGACGGUAGGGAUUACCACUUCGUGGGUUCCCGUGAGCAGAUGGAACGGGACAUCCAGAACCACCUGUUCAUCGAGGCGGGGCAGUACAAUGAUAACCUGUAUGGAACCAGCGUAGCUUCAGUUAAAGAAGUAGCAGAUAAGGGCAAGCACUGUAUCCUGGACGUCUCCGGAAACGCCAUCAAGCGUCUGCAGGUGGCGCAGCUCUUCCCCGUCGCCAUCUUCAUCAAACCCAAGUCUAUCGAGUCCAUUAUGGAAAUGAACAAGCGAAUCACAGAAGAACAGGCCAGGAAAACAUACGAGCGUGCACAGAAACUUGAGCAGGAGUUCGCCGAGUACUUCACGGCGAUCGUUCAGGGCGACACCAUCGACGAGAUCUACGACAAGGUCAAGGGCGUGAUCCAGGACAACUCGCAGCAGACCGCGUGGGUUCCCGCCAAGGAGAAGCUCACGUGAAGCGGCGCCUGGUCCCGGAGCGGUCGGCCGGCGGGGGGAGGGGGGCGUGACAGGCAGCCCAGCACCGUUCUCUCAUAAACACAACCUUUUCUGUGAUUAUUUUUGGCGACGCCCUCGGGGCGGAGCCUUGGGUGACUUCCUGAGGAAAGCAAGAAGCAAUACUGAAAUCUGUCAGGAUCGUACCACUAUGGGCAGGGGGGACACAGCUCCACAUUUCCAUAUAUGAACAGCUGUAACCAUAUUGGGUGGGGAGAGUGAUUGACAGCUGCCUGUCACGGCGCCGCCCGCCCGUCGGGGGGAGGGAUGAUGUAACUAUGCACAGAGACGGGACGUUAGCGUGACGUUUUCUUCUGCACGUGCCAAGAAGGGCAGGCAAGGCACCUGCCGACGUUCUUAACCGCGGGAGAAGCCGUUCUUAAGAAGGGGACUAAGACGUCUUGUAAUGAGGGGACUCGGGGACAAGUUUUUACCACAACAGAUCGUAGACUAGUGUUGAUUGAUUCUUCCCUCUCUUUAACUCUUUGGAGCGGCAGCUGCAGUUCUUACACCAGCUGCCAGGGGUCUCUCCUCGGCGGCCCCAGAGAAACCAAAGUCGUUCCUUUAGUAGACAUGACAGAAGAGAAAUGGACACGGGCAGGCAGCUGAUGCUGUGUGAGAAGACCCAAAACUCCCUUUGAAAACCUGGAAAGAAAAAAAAAAGACGGGGGGCAGUUUAGAGCCCCUGAAACGUGGCACCCAGCCCCCAUAUUGUUUGACAUGGGCGGUGGAUAGAAGGAGGGAAUGAAAGGUUGUGAGAGGAAAAGUCACGGAGAGAUCACGAGUGAGGUAGUAGGUAGAGGCACAAAAGGAAGAUUUUGGGCUGACUCUGUAGAUUUGCUUGUAUUGAUAAAAAUUGUACAGUACAAAGUUUAUAAAUGUGUUAGUGAUAGCAUGAGAUUCACCAAAAAUUUAUUUUCCACUAUAUGAGAAACUACAAAAGGUUGUAGGGUCACCUGGAGGUCAAAGGUCAUCUCCAUGGUAAUGCAUGGUAGGGCUUCCAUUGGUCCAUAUACUCACACUCUGUUUGUCUGCCGUUUCCUUUGGACCAAUGAGGACCCAGUCAGCCCGGCAUGUAAAGUAACAGUCGUGACUGUUUUUCCACUCCUUGUACACAUCCUCAAAGUUGUAACCUGAUAUCCUCAGAGAGAACUAAGAUGUAACACGAUCUUUCUGACUUGUGAAAAGCAAUCUCUCCUGUUAAAGACUCCAGUGUAAAAAGAAGAAAGCGUCCGACACUUUGUGUGACACACUUGAAGACUUCUUACUAAAACCCGAGGAACUCUGGUUGAUUCGGUUCCUGUCUUGUAUGUACUACUAACUUGCAUGUACCGCCGUUCGACCCGCAUGGACCACAGUUCGGACAAGUACCACUGUUCGGACAAGUACUGCUGUUCGUACCACAGUUCGGACACGUACCACUGUUCAGACCACACUUCCAACGCCAAAACUGGGAAUGUUCAAAUUUCCACGCAUGAAAAAAAACACGGCAAAACGCCACAAAAUUCCUGAUACAGGCAGACCCGGGGUGGUAGCCAACUGUACGGAGGGGGGGGGGGUGAAGACGUGUUUACUAUGGUUGCUAUAGCAACACGGAACAGUGAACUAGUCCACGACGUUUGUAGGGGGAGGAGGGUCCAUUUUGAGACGGAAAGCGUCAGCUAGCCCCUGUGUAGUCCACAUUUUGUGAAGGUCUUUUUUAGACAACGAAAGUUUCAAAACUUCAAAUGCAGCUUGGUUCCCCCCGUGGCCUUUCAAUAAUGGAAGAUCCCACUGUGCAUACUCCCCUUCCUGCUUGAUGGUAGAGCAGCCCUGCAAGCUGCCUUCCCAUUGGCUACCAUAGAAUGAAACUAAAGGCCUAUUGGUUGCCUACCUAAAACCAGCCAAUGGGAAUCCUGCUUCCAGGGCAGAACCUAUUUAAAUCCGGCAGAGCUGCAUGGGUGUUGGUUAUUUUUAUAGUGUAGUGAGAGAAAAAAAAGAGAAAAAUUGAUGGCAAAAUUUAUUCUUACCGACCCGUGAUUUCUGGUAAGGAAAGUCGCUUUCCUGUGUAGCGUGUAGUUUCUUGUUUGUAUGUAAGUAGUGAGUAACUAUGGCAACGAUCUCCGUGGCAAUAUCUUAUCCUGUCUCAGCGUAGUGCAGUGCCUGGCGUGUGUGCCAGGCGGCGCUAAGUUCUAUAGUUGACAGCGUUCCUACUUACAAUGACUGUAAUUUUGCCAUCAAUUGCACGUGUGUACGACUGAAAUAAUGGAAUAGAAAUUGACAUAAAAUUGCUGACUUUUGUGAAAUCUUUAUGGUAUUUUUGUCUUCUUCCCAGGAAUGUUGCAUUUUGUAAAUCAUGCGUUCGUUGGUCCCUCCUAUGACUGUGUGUCGACCUGUUUGUGUUUUUGCCGGACGAUGUCCUGAACUUUGAACUUUGAACCACCCGAACUUGAACCCCAGCCAGGUGGACUGUACACAGCCUAUGUUAACAGGACUUACAAUAAAUACACUUAACAACAUCUUA